AUGAUAUUCAUCGAGUGGAAUUUUUGUCUUUAUCUUUUUUUAAUAUUUCUAUUAUAUAAGACAGCUGCUGUCUAUUCAAUUCAAUGUUGUACUGGUAGUGAUAAUACAUGUACAUCAAAACCUGUUGAUUGUCCUUCAAAUAUUUGUUUUAAAUUAGUAAUAAAUAGAGUAACAGAAGAACGUGGAUGUCUUGAUGAUUUAAUAAAAUUAAUAAAUUCUGCAAAUAAAAAUAAUCAAACAUUAAAUAAUCGAACUGGAUAUCCAAGUGGAUCAUCGAAUGAUCAAUGUCAUAAAUUUGGUACAUAUGGAAAUGGUAUGUCUUUAUGUAAAUGCACUAAUAAUUUAUGUAAUUUAUCUUCAAAAAAAAUUCAUUUAACAAAACCGGUUUUAAUUUUAAUUAUUUUACUUGUUCAACAUAUUCUAUGA